AUUGUAUUUGAUGAGUUUGAGAUGCGACUCAUAGAACACAUUGGAUUCGAUACGGCUGUUGGAAGCCCUAUUGCUAUCGAUAAGCUGUUGCAUCAUGUUCAUUUGUUGGAUCCCGAGCCCAAGUGGAAGAAGCGGAAGGCUGGCGAUGGCGCGAGUACUAGUGCUCCCAAAAAGCAGCGGACGGCUGGCGAUGGCGCGAGUACUAGUGCUCCCAAAAAGCAUCGGAAGGCUCAUGAUGGCGCGAGUACUAGUACUCCCAAAAAGAAGCAGACAGAAGUAGGCUGUGAGCAGCCGGCAACUGAGAAGAGGAGAAGGUCUUCGCGGUUACAUAAAGAUGAAGAUGCAGCGCCCGUUCAUGGGCAAUGCUGUUGUGAAUCAAUGAAGGAUAUUAUGCUCGCGCAGUUGUCAUGUCUGAAGCUCAUCCAGGGGUCCUUGGUAAGGUUAGAGAGCAAGGUUGUUGAUGGUGAGACGAUGGCGAAACAAAAUGAAGAGCUGCGUGCUGCAUUUGAUGAGGCUUUCGAGCGUGUGCAAAAAAAAAUUGGUAAGAGUGUUCUUCUUGACAGUGACAAUGAUGCAGACGGUGUAGAUGAUGAAGGUGACAGAUUAGAGGACGAGGAUGCGGAAGUUGAAGAUGCGAUAGAGCAUGCGGGCCAGCAAAAUGAGCAAGAAGAAGGUGUUAUGGCAAAUUAAAAACUUGAAAAAUCUGCAGAGCUUGAUGAAAUCGUGGAGGUGGAUUUAGGUGUCAAGGUUUCGGCAGAUACCGAGGUGGUCACCGAGGUCGAAGUCGAGCCAGCCGGCGAGUUCGAGGCAGGGGACCCCGAGGUGGAGGCAGGGGACGUGAUCGCAGACCCCGACGUGGAGGCAGGGGACAUGUUAAAGGCAGCUGCCAGAGUGGAGAAAGAUGCGAAGGGGUCGUCAUCUUCUGUGGUAGAACCAAAUUCCGAGUUAGCGGCAGUUGCAGAGCUUGAUGCAAGUGCACAAGUGAAUCGCAUUUUCGAUGUUGAGGUGGCGGUAAACCCUGAAGGUAUUGUUGAGUCCGUCCUCAAAAAUUUGGGCGAUCUUGGUGAAUUGGAGAAUGAUCCUCUGAUCAUGGCCGUGGAAGCAUCCAAAAAUAGUGAAAAUAUUGUUCAGAUUGUGCCAAGCGAUGCUCCGGUUUUAGGGCUGGAGACAGAAGUUGAAGUAGUUAACAAGGGCGGCGAGGGUGGACAAGGAAGUGGGCAGAAGGGUGCAAACCUUACGGCCAGUGAAUCGGAACCAGAGAAAAUGCCACUUCCAUUUACGAGGCUACUUCCUGUUAAGAAAGAAAAGAAA